CAACCAUACACCAGCCAAUGGUUCGCUGCAUUCCUCCAUGGCAGAAAUGCGGCCAAAAUUUCGUGUUUUCUGUGCAAUAAUGUGCAGCCUACAACGUCAACUCGCGUAUCUUUGGCCAAAGAGCUGCUGAAUUUUUUGCUGUUAUACGAUCUUCUUGAAAGUCUGGAGUAAUUUCCUUGCGCGUCCUGUUUUUAUACUGUAAUACUGUCAUUCCUUCAUAUUUUAUAAUGUUCUGUUGCUGGCAAACUCCCGAACUCCCUCUCGACAUCGAGUAUCCAUCGGAUUCUCGCUAUAGUCCAUACUGUAAAGAGUACGCGAGAUUGUCGCAUAAUUUAUAUGUGAAGUAUUUGCUGCCAAACCAUGGAUUCGUCCGCAAUAUGGUGCUUUCUCCGUUGUGCGCUGAGAUCGCGCUGCUCAUGCUGCAUGCCGGUGCUGAAGAUGAGGCAAAACAGGAAAUUGCGGAAUUGCUAGGUGCAGAUCCAGUUCUGCUAGCGGAGAGAUUGUGUUCUGACUUGUCCAUUCUAAAGAUAAGAGAAGACCACGACUGCCAGCCUGAUAAUCCCGAGGGAAUAAACGAAAAUUUCCGUCUGUAUUUGGCCAACUCGAUACUGUUACCGGAUGGUAAUCGCUGCAUCCACGACUUCGACAAAUUCAAAAUCCGCUCUUAUCUCCUGCCGCUGAUGGUCACCGGCGAUAAGGAGAGUGUCACAGCGUUCAUAAACGAACGCACAGUGGGACAUGUGUGCGACGUAGGACUGUCGCGCGAUGCACCGCCAGUUCCGGCAUUCAUCAGCACGCUGCAUUUCCGCUCCAACUGGUAUCGUCCCUUCAAAGAGGACCGCACUUUUAGGAUGGAGUUUGUCACGGCUGACAAUCGCCGCGUAGAAGUGGACACGAUGCACGGGAUACUCAAGGUCCCCUGCUGGGUUCCUGAGGGAAUGGGCGGAGCCAAGUUUUUGGAAAUACCUUUUGAAGAACAUUACUGGAGCGCGAUGUUUAUAAUGCCGGCAGCAGCUCGGAAGACGUGGCGCGGGGAGACAAAACCGCAGACAAUGAGCGAACUGGUUAAUCUUCUGACACCAAGGAAACUGGCCGCGGCCAUCCGACGAAUGGAAUUUCACAAAAUCAACGAAGUGACGGUACAGAUACCAAAAUUUCGCGUGGAGCGGAAUAUAGAAUUGCAGGAAGCGCUGACCGAGCUGGGUUUUCGGACGCCGUUACACUGUGGCGUCGAUCAGCCGCGUUCGCACGUAGCGAGCAUAAUGCAGCAUGUUAGUUUCGCCGUAGAUGAACGGGGAGUCGGCAGUGCACUUCCCGUCAAACCAAACCGACCGAUCCUAGAAACCAUGGAACUAUGUCAAGUUUGGCAUGCGGAGUUCGUUGCCAAUCGGCCAUUUAUCUUCCUGGUAUAUCAAUGCCUCAGCGGUCAUAUUGCCUACAUGGGACAUGUUGCCGACCCGACUGCAGUUUAGACUGUCUAGUGUACAGUGGUAAUAGAUUAUUACUGUGGUCGAGGGCCAAGCAAAUGGCUACCGCAAUCAGAAUUUAUACACUGCGUUAUCUAGUUUCAACCAAACUCUUAAACCUGUUUUUUUCGUUUUAUAUAAAUUCAGUCCUAGUGGCAAGUGUGUUGAACUGUUUUUAUAAUGGUUUCUUAGGUUUCUUAGGUAUACCAAUUACUGCGAUUUUUCAUAAUGUUGCGUGUGUAGCACUUUAUUUCCAUGCCAAAGUUUUUGACUGAUUCAGAUCCUGUGUGACUUAAGCAACACGAUAGGGAUAAUGGUGUCAAAGUGUUACUAGUUUGUAUGCAUCGCGCUUUUGUAAAUACAAGCUCGCUUUCUAAACAGGCAAUAAACUAGC